ACUCAUCUGUUUUCUAUUUGUGGAAUUACAGCCGGAUGGAUCAAAAAGCUCGUGGGCUGUGGGAUCAUCAUAGAGCUCGACUCUGAAAAUGAGAAGCCACAUGGAUCUUGUGCCGACCGUGUUGUCCCACACGGUGGCGUUAUCCUGUUUGAUGAGACUGCUAAUUUGAAACCAGACUUUCUCCAAACAUGCUACAAUCUUCUCUCCAGGGAGUACGGCAAUAUUCCGAUUGUUUUGUGUAGCAACAAGGUAGAUGUGAAUCAUGUGGUGAUGAUGGGAGACAAGAAUAUUGGCUUCAAAAUGGAAAACAAUAUUACUCUGCCAUACUUUGAAAUUUCUGCCAACAACAAUCCCAACCUUGAGGCACCAUUCUCGUACCUGAACAAAAGGCUUACAGAAAAUGAUGAGCGGCUUUCUGUUAAGCCGCAGCCACCUGGUCUUAUUCCUCUACAUAUUCAGAUGCCCGUGACUGCAGCACAGCAUGGGCCUGAAUCGGGCCCAGCAGCUGCACAACCCUUUCCUGUUGAAGACAAUAAUGGCUGCUGCUGUGCUUGUCUCAAGCCACUGGUGGAAUGCCUAAAGGCUUGCUAUUAUAUCGUUUCCAUCUGGGAUGCUUUCAUGAACUGCCUAGAAGAAGCUUGAGACCUUGAGAAACCUCCAAAGCGGA